UCAUGAUUUUUAAAAUUAGAUAACUCUUUUCUACAAUAACAGAGCCAGCAACAGGAGGUAGAUAAUGGUUGAAGUUCUUUCAAAAUUCUACUGGGAUAUAAAUAAAUAUUGAAAGGAGUUUAAAAAAUGAAGCUGUAUUAAUUUUUAAUAUCAUAGACUGAAAAUCUGAAUUACUAUGUUCGUUAAAAUUACAAGACUUUUAAUUAAGAAUAGCUGUUUUAAGCAUAUAUUAAAAAGGAUUUGCAGUUCGAAAUUUAAAAAUAAGUUUAAAUGGAAGUAUUAGAAAGAUUUGUAGCAGAUUAAAUGAAUUUUAGUGAAAAUAUGCUGAUCACAUAUUUAAACAAAGAAGCUUAAUUAUUACCAGCAUUUUAUUCAGUAAUAGCAUAAAACCUACUUUUAAAUGGUCUUAAAAUAUUUGAUUAGCUUAAUAUCUAUUAAUAGAUAGAAUAUAUGAGAUUAUGUUAAUAAGCUGGGUUUUUACAUCCAGAUAUCUUUUAGAAAUUUAUUCAAAAUUUAAAGAUAGAUGAUGAAUUCAUAGAAUCAUUAUCAUUACUUUAAUUUAGAAACAUAAUGACAUUAUUUGAUUAUUGUGCUACAUCUCCUUAUGAUUUAGGAUUAUAACCAGGAUUUAUAGAUUAUUUGUGUAAUAAAUACAUACAAAAAUUAAGUAAUUUUGAAUUAGUAGCAUCUGAAAUUAUGAAAUAUGAGUUUUCUCAAUUAAUGAUAAAUCAUCAUUUUAGUUUUUUGAGUGAAGAAUAAUAUUCAGAAAUUAAGAUAGCUUAUGCAAAAAUGUAUAUAAUAUAUUAUAUAUUUAAUAAGAUUGGAGAGAAUGUUUAAUAAAAAUUAUAAUUUUGUUGUUCAUCGAAAUUUGAAUACUAAAGAUGUAGCUAAGAAAUUAUUAUGGAUUUAUAAACCAGAUGAUUUUAAAUUAAUCUAAAAAUCUCUUAAUCAUUUAAUUUCUAAUACAAUAUAAUAAGGUGAAUUCAAAGCUGAUCAUAUGAUUUAUGCAUUACCAUGUAAAUAAUAAUCAUAUAUAUUUAUAGUGUAUUUUAAGUAUUUCAAUCCAUAGUUGUAUUACUUAUUAUUAAAAUAAUGUCAUAAAUAAAAUUUAAACUUCAAAAUAUCAAAGUAUGAUUUAAAGCAGAUUAUGUAUUUAUUGAAUAGUAAUGCUCUUAAAGGAUUACGAUCCAUAAUGGCAGAUCACACUAUACUUGAUGAUGUUGAUAAUUUUAUUAAAAAUACUCUCACUUCAUAUGUUAAUAAUAUUAAAGAUGAAGAAUUAUUAAAUUUUGAGGAAAUUUUUAAUCAAAAUAUGGAAUAGGAAGCAGAACUUGAUUUUAAUGAUGCUGAAUAUGCAGAAAUUCUACCAUAUUUUUAAAAUAAUAAUAAAAAUUAAGAAACAUAAAAUCAUGUCAAUUAAAGAUAAUUUAUUGUAAAUUUAACUCAGAAAUUUAAAUCUUUAUAAAAUACUUUAUAUAAAAAUGGAUUUCAAAGAAUUUCAAAUUAAAAAAUAAAUAAAAGAGUUUCAAUUUUAGAACCUAUUCUAAGCUAUAUUGAAGUUUUAUAUUAUGUAUCAAUUUUUAAUCCAGAAUUCUAACCAUAAACUAAAUUAUUUAAAACUCCAUAAAUUCUUAAAUUAGUAAAUAAUCUUAUUUAUUUACCAAAUCUAUUAGAAAAUUUAAUUUAGAUUAAUCAAAUUUGGCCUAAUUUAUUUAAUGAAGAAUUAAAAUCUAUAAUUAUUGCAAAUAAAAAAAAAAUAGAUUAAGUAUAUAAUACUUGUUAAGAUUGUUAAGAAUUUAUUGAUAAAGUUGAAGGAUAAAUAAAAUUAACAGAAUAAGGUAAAUCUAGAAAAUUGUAAUAUAGAAACAAAAAUUAUUAAGGAUUAUUAUAAGCAUUCAAUUUUGCUCGUCCAAAACCUCACAAUAAAUUAUCUCCAAUAUUAAAAAAUCCAUUUGAAGAGUAUACUAUAGAAGAAACUUAUUCAAAUUAAGAUUUUAAUAUUUAUUGGAAACUAACAUAGAGGAGUGAAAAUGUAAUUUAACAUACUCAUUUCAAAGAAUUAAUGUGGUAAGCAUUGAAACUUGAUAAAAAUUAAUGGAUUAUGAAUUAUAGUGAUUUUCCACAUCUUGUUGAUUUUGCUUGUACAAAAUAGAAGGUUGUAGUCUUUUUAGAUGAGUAUCCUCGUUUAAUUAGAGGAUUACAUAAAGUAUAUACUAUUGAGACUGAAAGGGCAGCUGAGUAUUUCUCUAGACUUGGAUAUCAAGUUGUGUUUAUAGAUUAUAAUGUGUAUCAUCCAGAUAACGAAUAGAUGUUGAACAUUUUGAAAUAAAAAUUUGUAUUUCGUUAUAAUUGA